GCAACUUUGUGAUGCAGAAACUCCAGCAAAUGCGUAACUGUAGCACUUUUUUCCUGUGUUAUGAAGCCUGGGCUGACUGAGGGCUUCGGCUUUCUCUCUCCCAGGCAACUUCCCGUGGGUGCUAGGCUGUUCAGAGCUAAAAAGGGUGGCGCUUCGUCAAGCUACGGCGGUGGUCAGGUGAGACACAGACCAUCAGCUACUUGCAAGCAGGAACAUAAAAAAGUAGUACGCUAAACAGUUACUCGCUCGCCUAAAGAAGCAAGCACCCGACUGAUUUUGAUGUGCUAUUGGAGGAC